CUGUCCCUAAUUUUGAUGUGGCCUAUUAUUAAGAAUUCUUCAAUUUCAGAUUAUAGUGUAUCGAUUUCAGGUAAUCCCAGAUAAUGAUUGGAAGUGUCCCUAUUGCCGCUGUAGAUACUGUGCUUUUGACACUGGAUAUGAUCUUCUCUUAACGUGUAGCCAAUGCUUAAAAAAAUACCAUCAGCAUUGCUCAAUGGCAGCUGAUGACAACGAAAACUGGGAGGAUCGACCAUUAAUCAUGCCCUUCUGUGGGCAGAGCUGCUGGCUCGUGUACCAAACUCUCGAGAGAGCGUUGGGCAGAAGUGUGAUAAUAGAGCCAGGACUUUCUUGGACGCUAGUGCGGAGACAGGAUCCCAACAUGGAGCAUUUAGCGAAGAUAACGAAAUGUAAUACAAUGGUUGUCUUAGCGGAAAAGUUAAUAGAAGAGAGCUUUGAUCCCAUAGUAGACAGGCAUACUAGAAACAACAUGAUCCAAAGUGUUGUUUACAAUUGCGGGUCCAACUUCCCAAGGACUAACUUCAGCAGAUUUUACACCGCUAUUCUGGAAAAUGAUGGCCGGGUUAUUUCUGCAGCAUCAUUAAGAAUUCCGUCACCAGAGAUAGCAGAGAUCCCAUUCAUAGCCACAAGUGAAGCGUGGCGCAGAAAAGGGAUGUGCCGGAAAUUGCUGGAAGCCAUUGAAUCUGCACUAGGUGAUAUUGGAAUUAAGCGGAUUGUAAUACCGUCAUCGACUGAAAUGUUGGCAAAAUGGCAAAUAAAGUUUGGGUUUGUGAAUGUGGACUAUCAAACAAACAAAAACAUCAAGGAAUUAAACACCUUAAUGUUUCUCAAAACUACAAGGUUACAGAAGGUGAUCAACCCCAUAACAAGAAAGACUGCAGACCUUAACUUCCUGCCACCGUCCUCACCAAGACUACCGCCAGCGCCACCAUCAGGACAGUAAAACUAUCAGAAAUGUGACAUUCAGAUUUUAUGUUGUGAGGUUAUUUUGUUUGUUUACAUUAGUGUUUUCUUAUGCACAUGAACAGAUACAAGAUUAGACUUGGCUUUUCACAAACUUAGUUAGGAAAAGGACAGUCUAUAGUACAAACUGCUCAGUUCAAGAUAGAUUACAGUAUUGAUUUGGAUUCUCAUUGUUUAGGAUACCGUUCAGGAUUCACAUUCCAUUAAAUUAUCAAAGCUUUGUAUGUUUAUGUUCAGAGUUGGA